AUGGCUUCCUAUCGCGUCAGUCACGUCCUUGCUAAACGCAAGAAGCCAUUCAAUGACGGCGAUAUGGUAAAGGAAGCCUUUCUCGAGGCAGCGGAUAGCCUUUUUGACGACUUUAAAAAUAAAACAGAGAUCAUUAAGGCCAUUAAAGAAGUGCAACUCUCCCGCAAUACUACUACAAGGCGAUGUGAGAGAAUGGCGGUGGACGUGGAGGAGCAACUGAGGAAGGAUAUUGACGCAUGUGAGUGCUUUUCCCUCCAAUUUGACGAGUCGACUGAUAUGGUGGAUGUGGCACAAUUGUGUGUUUUCAUCAGGAUGGUUUUUGAAGACAUGAGCGCCAAGGAAGAGCUACUCACAAUUUUGCCAUUAAAAGCACACACCAGAGGUGAGGACAUUUUUAAUGCUUUCAUGGGAUUUGUUAGCCAGACAAAACUGCCGCUCUUCAAGCUGAUCUCCAUCACAACUGAUGGGGCACCUGCUAUGAUGGGCCGCACCAGUGGGUUCAUUGCACUGUGCAAAGAAAGUGAAUCUUUCCCGGAUAUCCUGAAUUAUCAUUGUAUAAUUCACCAGCAAGCCUUGUGUGGAAAGAUUUUAAAUAUGAAAGAAGUGAUGGAUAUUGCAAUGAAGAUUGUGUGUUCAGUUCGGGCCAGGAGUCUGCAGAGAAGGCUUUUCCGUGCUCACUUGGAGGAGAAUGAUGCUGAGCACACAGACCUGCUGCUUCACACAGAUGUUAGGUGGUUAAGCAGAGGUAGAUUUUUGGCCAGAUUCAUGGAGCUAUUGCCUGAAAUCAAGGAUUUCCUGAAGCUUUCAAAACAUGUAGAUUACCAUACAAAGCUAGAUGACCACCAGUGGCUUCUGGAUUUAUCUUUCCUCACUGAUCUCACUGAGCUCAAUGAAUUGAAUUUAGAGCUGCAGGGUAAGGGCAAAGAUGUAGUCAACAUGAUGAGUUCAGUGAACAUGUUUAAAAGCAAGCUACAGCUGAUGUCAAGCAGGCUGCAGCGUGGUAACCUGCGCAACUUUCCUCACAUGCAAGCCGAACUACAACGUCAAGGUAAAGGUGUGACACAGCUUGACAAUGCACGUUAUGAGGAGCAUAUUCGGAGCAUCUCGUCAGAGUUUGAGAGGCGUUUUACUGACUUUGCAUCCAUCGAGCCUGUAGCCAGCUAUAUGUGUUAUCCAUUUGGUCCAAGUAUUGAUGUUGGUGACAUUGCGGCCAAAGUCAAAUCACUUUUCGACUUGGAAAGCUCCGCUCUUGAGGAUGAGAUUCUGACAUUGCAAAAUGACAUUGAGAUCAAAGCCAGAUCAACAUCCACUCAACCUGGAGAGCAUGUAGCGUUCUGGAAAUUACUGGUGGAGGAGAAGUAUCCCAAUCUCAGAAGAUGUGCCUUGAACCUGACAGCUCUCUUUGGAUCAACUUAUUUGUGCGAAGUCUCGCAUUUCGCACGAAAAUCAUCAAGUCCAAGUACAGAUCAACAAUGA